CGCUAACACACCGGGACGCCGCGUGCGCGCCACUUAAAACCAAAAUCAAAAGAAGUCGAGCAGCAGGAACGGAAAGAAACAGGAAGAAGAAGACAACAUCGGCACCACAAUGAAUAGGAGACUAAUCAAGGAGCUUGAAGAAAUCCGCAAAUGUGGGGCGAAGCAUUUCCGCAGCAUUCAAGUGGACGAAUCAAAUCUUUUGAACUGGCAAGGCCUUCUUGUUCCUGACUGUCCUCCAUAUGACAAGGGAGCAUUUCGGAUUGAGCUCAUCUUCCCCGCGGAGUACCCCUUCAAGCCACCGAAGGUCACGUUCAAGACAAAAAUCUACCACCCCAACAUCGAUGAGAAGGGCCAGGUGUGCCUGCCCAUCAUCAGCGUCGAGAACUGGAAGCCGGCCACAAGAACGGAUCAAGUGAUUCACAAUCUGGUUAGUCUGGUGAACAGCCCUCAGCCGGAGCAUCCGCUGAGGGCCGACCUGGCAGAGGAGUACAGCAAAGACCGCGCCAAAUUCAUGAGGAACGCCGAGGAGUUCACAAAGAAACACAGCGAAAAGCGACCCGUCGACUGACGACACAACGCUGCCGUCGGCCUCCUUUCUGUUUCCUGUUCAAAGAGCCUGCCCCCCGACUCUCUGUUCUCACCCCCAAAAACAACACAGAGAUGCCCUGUUCUCGCGUACCUCCUUGUUUUAGCUCUCUCCCACCACUUCUCAAUAGAGGCUCGUGUUUCUGUUUCACUUUGCCAAAAAAAAAAAGCAGCAACAAAAGAAAGCAGGACUUUUUGUUGAAUAGGCAGGCUCUGGCCUCUAGGUGUCACCGUUUGGUUGUUAUGACUUCUUUCUACUGAUUUUUUUUGGAGAAAAAAAAAGAAAAGAAAAUUGUCUGAGGUGGCAUCCUGAAAAGUAAAAUAUCAUAAAUAAAGAAUAAAUAAAAAAGUGCUGUUCUGCUUACUUAAAUAUUGAAUGUUUGUUUUUUCUUCAGAUUAAAUCAGCUAAAUGUAAA